AUGUCGCGCCACCACCACCGCUUCGAGCGGGACUACCGGGGACCCUGGGAGCGGAGAGACAUCCGUCCUUCUGGCCUCCACAAUGGAGGAGCCAAUCAUAGCUGUGCCUCUGCCGUUGUCAAUGGCAACAACCGUCCGGGGCUCCUUCCCCUCCCAGUCAUCCCCUCCCUCCUCCCCACCCCAGUUACAGUUGCCUUUCCAUGCACAGCUGGGCCUGGUGACCAGGUCUUUUCUCUAAUCAGCUCCUCGUCUCCGUCUUUGCAGGUCUCCGGACUCUCUCCGGGGGACAACCAGGCCCCGGGGUUGCUACUCGCUCCGGGGGUGAGGUGGGGACAGACGCCCAUCAACCAGCUCACACCAUGGGAUACGGACGAGCCUCCCGCCAAGCAGCAUCGAGACGGCGAACCCACCGGUCCGGCCUGGGCUGCACCAGUAGCGGCGGUGAGCCAGCCCAGCCUGCUGCCCCACAGCUACGCCCUCCCCCAACCGCCUUCCUUCAACCACAGCGUGACCGCGCAGUCGCCCAUCAUCGGAGUAACCCCGUCCAUCCAGACGCCGGUGCCCCAGCAGCACCCGCUCAUGACGGCGCACUUCCAGCUGACGCCGCAGUCGACCCAGCAGCCGCCCUCCAUGGUGCUGAGCAUGCCCAGCCAGCCCCCAUACCCCUCAGCCCAGCCGACGGUGACGCCGUCCGCCCUCACUGCCCAGGCCAACCAGGUGGUUCAUCCAAACCCUCACAGCAUGAUGGGCAAUGGCCACUUAACCUCUCACCCCAGCCUCAUCCAACCUCCGACCCUGCCUCUGACCAACGGACAGGCGGCAGCAGCGGCAGCACAUGGCCAAGCCUCAGCUGUAGACAAUCAGGACGGUCCGAAUGGGCUGCAGAUGCUGCGGACAGUCGGGAGUGGAAAGUACGAGUUCAGCGACCCGGGACAUCCCAGAGAGAUGUUGAAGGAGUUGAACCAACAGCGCAGAGCGAAAGAGUUUACAGACCUGAAAAUUAUUGUUGAAGGCAAAGAGUUUGAAGUCCACCAAAAUGUUCUAGCUUCCUGCAGCUUGUAUUUCAAGGACCUGGUGAAAAGGUCGUCGGGGGAGACGAGGAGCGGCGAGAUGCUGGAGCUGAACAUGAGCAACAUCGGCGCCGACGUCUUGGAGCUGCUGCUCGAGUUCGUCUACACGGGAUCGCUGGUCAUCGACUCGGCCAACGCCAAGACGCUGCUGGAGGCCGCCAACAAGUUCCAGUUCAACACCUUCUGCAAAGUCUGCGUCUCCUUUCUCGAGAAACAGUUGACGGCGGCGAACUGUCUGGGAGUGCUGGCGAUGGCCGAAGCCAUGACCUGCACCGAGCUCCACAACAUGGCCAAAGCGUUUGCGCUGCAGAACUUCCCCGAGGUGGCAGGUCAGGAAGAGAUUUUGAGUGUCUCCAAGGAGGACCUGGUGGCUUACCUGUCCAACGACAGCCUCAACACAAAGGCGGAGGAGCUGGUUUAUGAGACGGUCAUCAAAUGGAUCAAACAAGACCCCAACUCCAGAGUGCAGCAUUUGUCGGAGCUGCUGGCGGUGGUGCGUCUCCCCUUCAUCCAUCCGUCCUACCUGCUGAACGUCGUCGACAACGAGGAGCUCAUCAAGUCGUCGGAGGCGUGUCGCGACCUGGUCAACGAGGCCAAGCGCUACCACAUGCUGCCCCACGCCAGGCAGGAGAUGCAGACGCCCCGGACCCGGCCGAGACUUUCUGCAGGUGUAGCCGAGGUGAUAGUUCUGGUGGGAGGGCGUCAGGCUAUCGGGAUGAACCAGCGUUCCCUGACAGCCGUCACCUGCUUCAACCCCCAGAACAGUAAGUGGUACCCGCUGGCCAGCCUGCCCUUCUACGACCGGGAGUUCUUCAGUGUCAUCUCGGCCGGAGACAACAUCUACCUGUCAGGUGGCACGGAGUCGGGCGUGAUGGUGGCCGACGUGUGGUGCUACAUGUCGCUGCUGGACAACUGGAACCUGGUGUCCCGGAUGACGGUGCCGCGCUGCAGACACAACAGCCUGGUAUACGACGGCAAACUGUACACCAUCGGCGGACUGGGCGUAUCGGGGAACCUGGACCACGUGGAGAGGUACGACACCAUCACCAACCAGUGGGAGACGGUUUCUCCUCUGCCCAAGCCGGUCCACUCGGCGGCGGCGACGGUGUGCGGCGGGAAGGUCUACGUGUUCGGAGGCGUGAACGAGGCCGGGCGCUCGGCGGGCGUCCUCCAGUCCUUCGUGCCGCAGAGCAACACCUGGAGCUUCAUCGAAUCGCCCAUGAUAGAUAACAAAUACGCCCCUGCAGUGAGUCUAAACGGUUUUAUAUUCAUCCUGGGAGGAGCCUACGCUCGAGCUACCACUAUCUAUGACCCAGACAAAGGCAACAUCAAGGCUGGUCCCAACAUGAAUCACUCUCGGCAGUUCUGCAGUGCCGUCAUCCUGGACGGGAAGAUCUACGCCACGGGAGGCAUCGUGAGCAGCGAGGGUCCGGCCCUGGGCAACAUGGAGACCUUCGACCCGUGCACCAACUCGUGGACGCUGCUGCAGUCGCUGCCCUGCCCGCUCUUCAGACACGGCUGCGUGGUCAUCAAGAAGUACAUCCAGAGCGGCUGAGGGCGCGGCUCGGGCUGCAUCGUACCGGGUUCGACGCCAAAAACACCAGCUGAGCUCCAGUUGUGGGACGAUGUGUGACGGCAGCUUAGAGCCGGAUCGGUCGGCCGGUCGGUCGGUCGGUCGGCCGGUCGGCGACCUCUGGACUUGACGCCAGCAUCCAUCCACACUGUUACCUUCCCUCCACCUCCUCAAAUAAAAAAAAAAACAAAAAAAACAAAAACCCUGUGCAGAAUGUACUCAUGUUCAACUACUCAGCCAUGUCAGGUGACGAUGCCUAACCUCCAGUACUGUAUGUGUCAUGCUAGUAGUUCAUCCUCUCAUCCAACAGGCACAGGGACCCUCUUAGUAACUUACAAGCUCUUUGGUUUUGAAGUUUUGUUCUCGUCUCCGUGAAACUCACCACUUUCCAGCUCAGCGAAAGCCAUCGCAGGUUGUUUUUUUUUUGUCCCCCCUUUUUUGAGUAAAGCUGGUAGGUUUCAUCCGUUCUUUGUUCUCAGUAGUGACAUCUACAGGACGGGAGGAAGAGUGACGGGAAGGAAUCCGACUGUUUUCCUCUUUUAUCAGCCGAUCUGAAGAGUUCCCCCUCUCUCUCCUAAUGUACCAGGAAGAAGCAAAAAAAUAAUAAUAAUAAUUCCUCCUGUGCGGAUUUAUGAGGUGAUUCAAAAACCAGAUUUUGAACUCUGCGUAACCCAGUUUCUUUUUAAACAUCGGAAAAAACCAUCAAAUCUGGGUCAGGUGGGGUUUAAAUAGGAGAAAAUCUUUAUGUUCUGGUGCCGUUCCAGCCUGAUUGAGAUCUCAUCUGCAGGGAGAGUAGCUUGUUUUCCCCCCAUUGUUAUUUGUACUCUGCUGCCUGAAGAAAGAAAAAAAAGAGAAGGUAUUUGGAGAGAGAGGGAAUUCCUCCUUCCGCUGAUCAGAUGUUGGGACAGUUCCUCCGGAAAAAAAGCACAAUAUUCACCUGUGACUGUUACCAUAGACGUCAUCUGUUGAUCCAUGUUUUGUUUUUUUUCCCUCCCCUCGUUUUUUUUCAUAAAGUCCGCCCUCUUCUGUUUUAUACGACGUGUUUCAUCGCAGCCCACACAUGACGUGGGCUUGGUAUUCUGUAAAUACAGGAAGGAAAUAUGUAUAUUUUAAAAACCUGAAGGCAAUUCUGUAUAAAUGUUUUUAGAAAAAAAAACAACAAAAAAAACUGAUAGGUUGGAUUCAAAAUGGUAUGUCUGUAAAUCUGUACCCAAAAAGGAGAAAUUAACAAUUGUUAUUAUUGAAAACUAAUACAUAUACCAGAACAUGAAAA